CUGGGCGGGCGGCUGGCUGGCGGAUUUCGCUGCGUUUUCCCCGGAGGCUCUUUGCAAAGCUGCUUGAAACUUCUCCCAAACUCGCCAUGGAUGUGGCGGCGGCGGCGCUGCCUGCUUUUGUGGCGCUCUGGCUCCUGUCCCCGUGGCCUCUCCUGGGGUCGGUCCAAGGCCAGUUCUCAGCAGGUGGCUGUACUUUUGAUGAUGGGCCAGGGGCCUGCGACUAUCACCAGGAUUUAUAUGAUGACUUUGAGUGGGUCCAUGUCAGUGCGCAGGAACCCCACUACCUGCCUCCUGAAAUGCCUCAAGGUUCCUAUAUGGUCGUGGACUCCUCAAAUCAUGAUCCUGGAGAAAAAGCCCGACUUCAGCUGCCUACCAUGAAGGAGAAUGACACCCACUGCAUUGAUUUCAGUUACCUGUUAUACAGCCAGAAAGGAUUGAACCCUGGCACUUUGAACAUCCUAGUUAGGGUGAAUAAAGGACCUCUUGCUAAUCCAAUUUGGAAUGUGACUGGAUUCACUGGUCGUGAUUGGCUUCGGGCUGAGCUAGCUGUGAGCACCUUUUGGCCCAAUGAGUACCAGGUAAUAUUUGAAGCUGAAGUCUCAGGAGGGAGAAGUGGUUAUAUUGCCAUUGAUGACAUCCAAGUCCUGAGUUAUCCUUGCGAUAAAUCUCCUCAUUUCCUCCGCCUGGGUGAUGUGGAGGUCAAUGCAGGGCAGAAUGCUACAUUUCAGUGCAUUGCCACAGGGAGAGAUGCUGUGCAUAACAAGUUAUGGCUGCAGAGACGCAAUGGAGAAGACAUACCCGUAGCCCAGACUAAGAACAUCAAUCACAGAAGAUUUGCUGCCUCUUUCAGAUUGCAAGAAGUGACAAAAACUGACCAAGAUUUGUACCGCUGUGUAACUCAGUCAGAACGAGGUUCUGGGGUUUCCAAUUUUGCUCAACUUAUUGUGAGAGAACCACCUAGACCCAUUGCUCCUCCCCAGCUGCUUGGUGUUGGGCCUACUUACUUACUGAUCCAACUAAAUGCCAACUCUAUUAUUGGUGAUGGCCCCAUCAUCCUGAAAGAAGUAGAGUAUCGAAUGACGUCGGGAUCUUGGACAGAAACCCAUGCAGUCAAUGCUCCAACAUACAAGUUAUGGCAUUUAGAUCCAGAUACAGAGUAUGAGAUUCGAGUCCUGCUUACCCGACCUGGUGAAGGGGGAACUGGGCUCCCAGGACCACCACUCAUCACUAGAACAAAGUGUGCAGAACCUAUGCGGACGCCAAAGACGUUAAAGAUUGCUGAAAUCCAGGCAAGGCGCAUCGCGGUGGACUGGGAGUCCUUGGGCUACAAUAUCACUCGCUGCCACACUUUCAACGUCACUAUCUGCUACCAUUACUUCCGGGGCCACAAUGAGAGCAGGGCAGACUGCUUGGACAUGGACCCCAAAGCCCCUCAGCACGUUGUGAACCAUCUGCCACCUUACACAAAUGUCAGCCUCAAGAUGAUCCUAACCAAUCCAGAAGGCAGGAAGGAGAGCGAAGAAACAAUCAUCCAAACUGAUGAAGACGUGCCCGGGCCUGUGCCAGUCAAAUCCCUCCAAGGAACAUCCUUUGAAAACAAGAUCUUCUUGAACUGGAAAGAGCCACUGGAACCAAAUGGAAUUAUCACUCAGUAUGAGGUGAGCUAUAGCAGUAUAAGAUCAUUUGACCCUGCUGUUCCAGUGGCUGGGCCCCCGCAGACUGUAUCAAAUUUAUGGAAUAGUACACACCAUGUAUUUAUGCAUCUCCACCCUGGAACCACCUACCAGUUUUUCAUAAGAGCCAGCACUGUCAAAGGCUUUGGGCCAGCCACAGCCAUCAAUGUGACCACAAAUAUCUCAGCUCCAAGCUUACCUGACUAUGAAGGAGUUGACGCCUCUCUGAAUGAAACUGCCACUACCAUCACAGUACUAUUGAGACCCGCACAAGCCAAAGGUGCCCCUAUCAGUGCUUAUCAAAUUGUUGUGGAGCAGCUGCACCCACAUCGGACCAAGCGUGAAGCAGGCUCCAUGGAAUGCUACCAGGUACCAGUUACAUAUCAGAACGCCCUGAGUGGGGGCGCGCCCUAUUACUUUGCUGCAGAACUCCCUCCUGGGAAUCUUCCCGAGCCUGCUCCCUUCACCGUGGGCGACAACCGGACCUAUAAGGGUUUUUGGAACCCUCCCCUGGCUCCCCGCAAAGGAUACAACAUCUAUUUCCAAGCGAUGAGCAGCGUGGAGAAGGAAACUAAAACCCAGUGUGUACGAAUUGCUACAAAAGCAGCAGCAACAGAAGAACCAGAAGUGAUCCCAGAUCCAGCGAAGCAAACAGACAGAGUGGUGAAAAUCGCAGGCAUCAGUGCUGGCAUCUUAGUGUUCAUCCUCCUCCUCCUGGUUGUCAUAGUAAUUGUGAAAAAGAGCAAGCUUGCUAAGAAGCGCAAGGAUGCAAUGGGGAACACACGUCAAGAGAUGACCCACAUGGUGAAUGCUAUGGACCGGAGUUAUGCUGAUCAGAGUACCCUGCAUGCAGAAGACCCCCUUUCCCUCACCUUCAUGGACCAACAUAACUUCAGUCCAAGAUUGCCCAAUGAUCCACUUGUGCCGACGGCUGUGUUAGAUGAGAACCACAGUGCCACAGCAGAGUCUAGUCGUCUCCUAGAUGUUCCUCGAUACCUCUGCGAAGGGACAGAGUCCCCUUACCAGACAGGACAGCUGCACCCAGCCAUCAGGGUGGCCGACUUACUGCAGCACAUUAACCUCAUGAAGACAUCAGACAGCUAUGGGUUCAAAGAGGAAUAUGAGAGCUUCUUUGAAGGCCAGUCAGCCUCUUGGGAUGUGGCUAAGAAAGAUCAGAAUAGAGCAAAGAACCGAUACGGAAACAUCAUAGCAUAUGAUCACUCCAGAGUCAUCCUGCAACCCGUGGAGGACGAUCCUUCUUCAGAUUACAUUAAUGCCAACUACAUCGAUGGCUACCAGAGACCAAGCCACUACAUAGCAACUCAAGGCCCAGUUCAUGAAACCGUAUAUGAUUUUUGGAGGAUGGUGUGGCAAGAGCAGUCUGCCUGUAUUGUGAUGGUCACUAAUUUAGUGGAAGUUGGCCGGGUGAAAUGCUAUAAAUAUUGGCCUGAUGAUACUGAGGUUUAUGGUGACUUCAAAGUUACUUGCAUAGAAAUGGAACCACUUGCUGAAUACGUAGUUAGGACAUUCACCUUGGAAAGGAGGGGCUACAACGAAAUCCGUGAAGUCAAACAGUUCCACUUCACUGGCUGGCCUGACCACGGUGUUCCAUACCACGCCACAGGGCUCCUGUCAUUUAUCCGGAGAGUCAAGCUGUCAAACCCUCCCAGCGCUGGGCCCAUUGUCGUACACUGCAGUGCUGGUGCUGGGCGCACAGGCUGUUACAUUGUCAUCGACAUCAUGCUGGACAUGGCUGAGAGAGAGGGUGUGGUUGACAUCUACAACUGUGUGAAAGCUUUACGGUCUCGCCGCAUCAAUAUGGUCCAGACAGAGGAGCAGUACAUUUUUAUUCAUGAUGCCAUUUUAGAAGCCUGCUUAUGUGGAGAAACUGCCAUCCCUGUGUGUGAAUUUAAAGCUGCAUAUUUUGAUAUGAUUCGAAUAGACUCGCAGACUAACUCCUCUCAUCUCAAAGAUGAAUUUCAGACUCUGAAUUCGGUCACCCCUCGACUACAAGCUGAAGACUGCAGCAUAGCAUGCCUGCCAAGGAACCAUGACAAGAACCGUUUCAUGGACAUGCUCCCACCUGACAGAUGUCUGCCUUUUUUAAUUACAGUUGAUGGGGAGAGCAGUAACUACAUCAAUGCUGCUCUUAUGGAUAGCUAUAGGCAACCAGCCGCGUUCAUCGUCACACAAUACCCAUUGCCAAACACUGUGAAAGACUUCUGGAGAUUAGUGUACGACUAUGGCUGUACCUCCAUUGUGAUGUUAAAUGAAGUGGAUUUGUCCCAGGGCUGCCCACAGUACUGGCCAGAGGAAGGGGUGCUGCGAUAUGGUCCCAUCCAAGUGGAAUGCAUGUCCUGUUCAAUGGACUGUGAUGUGAUCAAUCGGAUUUUUAGGAUAUGUAACCUAACAAGACCACAGGAAGGCUAUCUGAUGGUACAACAGUUCCAGUACCUAGGCUGGGCUUCUCAUCGAGAAGUGCCUGGCUCCAAACGCUCGUUUUUGAAACUGAUACUGCAGGUGGAAAAAUGGCAGGAGGAAUGUGAAGAAGGGGAAGGCCGGACGAUCAUCCACUGCCUGAAUGGAGGUGGACGCAGUGGUAUGUUCUGUGCAAUAGGCAUUGUUGUGGAGAUGGUGAAACGGCAAAAUGUGGUGGAUGUUUUCCAUGCAGUAAAGACCCUGAGGAACAGCAAGCCAAACAUGGUGGAAGCCCCGGAGCAGUAUCGUUUCUGCUAUGACGUGGCUUUGGAGUACCUGGAGUCCUCGUAGUUCGCUGAGACUGUUUCAGAGCAUCCAAGCAGAAAUCCGUUCAUCUGUUGAGCCAGCAGCUGUUGUACCUGUUACACCUGCACAGAGAGAUUUUAAUGUGGGGGGUGGGAGGCUUUUACAUUGGAGAGGCAAACGUAUUUUUCUUAUAAAGUUGUGUAUCUUAAUAAAAAGGACUUGAUCAGUUUCUGUUACUGUA